CUUUUCUCCUAUUUGUUGUACUGUGCACUCCAUGUGUCAGUGUCUCCUCUGCCUUUUCCAUGCAGCAGACAAUCAGCGUUUGGGUUCGCGACCCAAGGAUUCAGAAGAAUGACUUUUGGCAUGCCUACAUCGACUAUGAAAUCUGUCUCCAUACCGACAGUGUUAGCUUCACAAAGAAAAUAUCCAGUGUGAGACGAAGAUACAGUGAGUUUGUAUGGCUCAGACAAAAACUAGAAGCAAAUUCCCUGCUUAUGAUCGAGCUUCCACAGUUGCCCCCAAAGAACCCUUUCUUCAGCCUGAACAACGCACGUCAGAUCACAGAGAGAAUGAAGGGGCUGCAGAGGUUUCUAGAGCAGAUCCUUCAAAGCCCCCUACUCUUAUCCGACAGCUGUCUGCACCUCUUCCUCCAGUCUCAGCUCAGUGUGAACAAAAUGGAGGCAUGCGCUGAAGGGAGGACCCCAUUCUCUGUGGCCCAGGCCGUGCAGCGCUGUGGCCUCAGACGCUUCCACUCAGACGAAGAGCUGCACAAAAACAUGGGCCUGGCCUGUGACUGUGAUUCAGACAGCUCUGAGAGUACUGAGACUGAAUCAUUGCUGCUAAACAAAUCCCGGAGUGCAGCAUUACUCCGGUAUCCAACACCGGAUGAAGAGGACUCUCUGAACUGCACAUGUGAAUCUUCAUGAACUUUCACCAAAUAACUGAGAUUUUUGGCUGUUACUUGUCACUGCACUUUUACCAUAAUCAGUCAAUCUUCAGUGUAAAAUGAAUAUAUCAAAUGUGUUUU